CGCCGCCGGCACUCGUGCUCCGGCAGCCGAGGGCUCCGCGCGCGCCCGACGCCAGCGUGUCUGUAGCCGCGACCGAAGCCCGACGUCAUGGGAGCCGAGUCGCCCGAGGACGAGACCGUCAGCGAUGGAAGGAGCGGCGCCGGCUCCGCCCAGCGCCUCAAGGAGAAGGAGGUGGAGGCCAUGAUCGAGACGUCCGGCGAACCGGACGCACCUGCUAUCGUGUACUUCAUAUUCUACCUGCUCGGCAUGGGGACGCUGCUGCCGUGGAACUUCUUCAUCACCGCUGACUCGUACUGGAACUACAAAUUCCGCAACGCCACACUGGACGCGAACAGCAACGCCACCGACACCACCACCGACCUGCAGUACAACUUCUUCGCGUACCUCAGCGUGGCUUCCAUGCUGCCCAACACCAUCUUCCUCACGCUGAACGCCGUGCUGGCCGACAAGAUCAACCAGCAGCUGAAGCUUUUGGUGGCACUCGGCGUCGUCAUCGUCUUUUUCAUUGUCACGACGAUCCUGGUGCCCGUGAACUCUGACCAAUGGCAGUCUACCUUCUUCGCCAUCACAAUGGUGAUGGUAGUGAUUCUGAAUGUGGGCGCCGCCGUGUUCCAGGGCGGCCUGUUCGGCCUGUCGGCCCAGUUCCCGUCCAAGUACCUGUCGGCCGUGCUGUCGGGCCAGGCGCUGGGUGCCGUGUUCGCCUGCGUCUGCAGGAUCGUGUCGAUCGCCGUGUCCGGCGACGACGAGGUGGCGGCGGCCGUCAACUCGGCGCUGGUCUACUUCACCCUGGCCGACAUCACCCUGGCCGUCUCGAUGGGUGCCUACCUGUGGAUGACGCGGAUGGCCUUCUACAAGUACUACACGGUGCUGCAUGGUCCUAAGCGGGCUGCCAAUGAGCUGGUCGACCUGGGUCAGAGGUCGUCCGCGGCCGUCAAGGCACCGUCCGUCUCCGUGUGGCGCGUCUUCCUCAAGGUGAAGUGGUUCGCCCUGGCAGUGUGCCUGGUCUUCUUGGUGACGCUGUCCAUGUUCCCGGCGAUCACGGCCAAGAUCGAGCCCAUGCGCGCCAGCACCAAGGAGAACCCGUCCGUCUGGGCCCGUGACUACUUUGUGCCCGUGUGCUGUUUCCUGCUGUUCAAUCUGACCGACUACAUCGGCAGAAUAUGCGGCGGUUACACAGUGUGGCCGAAGAAGCACCAGUGGUACAUUGUGCUGGCGCUGGUGGUGCUGAGAGUGGUCUUCGUCCCGCUCUUCAUGUACUGCAACAUCGACCACAAGCACCUGACCACCGUGUUCGACCACGACGCCUACUACAUCGUCAUCAUGAUCGUGUUCGGCCUCUCUAACGGCUACCUGGCCACGCUGUGCAUGAUCUACGGGCCCGGCUCUGUUGAGCCGGAGGAGCAGAACACGGCCAGCUCCAUGAUGGCCGCCUUCCUGGGACUCGGCCUGUGCCUUGGCGCCCUGCUCAGCAACGUCACCAUCAAGAUCAUCUGAGGCCGGCCUCGGCGGACGGGCGGGGAGCGCAGGGGGCUACGGCCCGGCCGAGGCUCAGGCCGACACCAGCCGGGACGCGCCUCCUGCCCGAGGGUUGGUGACGGGGCAACAGACGCCCCGGCGGAGGAACCCACGGCUGCCAGCAAAGGCCCAGCGGAGGAUCCAGCGGGGCCGGCGGACGCCUGCCAUGGGUGACUGCCUGCUGAGAGAAAGAGCGCGUGCGCUGCAGCUGCAGCCGGCCAUUUAGGCAGAGGUGGCCAGAUGAGUGCAGAGCCAGGAGGGCAGCAAGCUUCCGUUUCACGCCACGGCCGCAAUACGCCCACACGGGGGUCACGCGGCUCGUGCUGGUGCCGCCGCUUAUUGUGUCCAUUCGUUGUUGCCGAGGUACUUCGUUUUGCGGGGAGAGCGUCAUACAUGUCGCUUGAUGUGCAAGCCGGUUCUUUUUUGCUAGUCACGGCAGAUACGUUGUCUUUGCACUUCACUGUCUAAGAAACAGGGUAAUAAACGUGAAAACCGCA